AGGAGUCGACGCAAACUCUGUGCGCCUGCGCGCUGCCUGCUCACUCAGCCAACAUGGCGCCCGUGGAGCACGUUGUGGCCGACGCUGGGGCUUUCCUGCGGGAUGCGGCUCUGCAGGACAUCGGGAAGAACAUUUACACCAUCCGGGAGGUGGUCAGUGAGAUUCGGGACAAGGCCACGCGCAGGCGGCUCGCGGUCCUGCCCUACGAGCUGCGGUUCAAGGAGCCCUUACCGGAAUACGUGCGGCUGGUAACUGAGUUUUCAAAGAAAACAGGAGACUACCCCAGCCUCUCUGCCACGGACAUCCAAGUGCUUGCGCUUACAUACCAGUUGGAAGCAGAGUUUGUUGGGGUGUCUCACCUAAAACAAGAACCACAGAAGGUUAAAGUGAGUUCAUCAAUUCAGCACCCAGAAACACCUCUGCACAUUUCUGGUUUCCACCUUCCCUCCAAGCCUAAACCCCCACAAGAAACAAUAGAGAAAGGACGCCUAGCUUGUGAGCCUGAGAACCUGGAAUUUAGUUCCUUCAUGUUCUGGAGAAACCCUCUGCCCAACAUCGAUCAUGAACUGCAGGAGCUGCUGAUUGACAGAAGUGAGGAUGUUCCAAGUGAGGAGGAGGAGGAGGAGGAGGAAGAAAACGGGUUUGAAGACAGAAAAGAAGACAGCGAUGACGAUUCGGGUGGCUGGAUAACCCCCAGCAACAUCAAGCAGAUCCAGCAGGAGCUGGAGCAGUGUGACGUCCCCAAGGACGUCCAGGUCGGCUGCGUGACCACAGACUUUGCCAUGCAGAAUGUUCUGCUGCAGCUGGGGCUGCACGUGCUGGCGGUGAACGGCAUGCUGAUCCGCGAGGCCCGGAGCUACAUCUUGCGCUGCCACGGUUGUUUCAAGACAACCUCUGACAUGAGCCGAGUGUUCUGUUCACACUGUGGGAACAAGACCCUGAAGAAAGUGUCCGUGACUGUCAGUGAUGACGGCACCCUGCACAUGCACUUCUCCCGCAAUCCCAAAGUGCUGAACCCCCGAGGGCUCCGGUACUCACUUCCCACUCCCAAAGGGGGCAAAUACGCCAUCAACCCCCAUCUCACCGAGGAUCAGCGCUUCCCCCAGCUACGACUCUCCCGAAAAGCCAGGCAGAAAACCAAUGUGUUUGCCCCCGACUACAUCGCUGGGAUGUCACCCUUCGUAGAGAAUGACAUCUCUAGCCGCUCAGCCACACUGCAGCUCCGGGACAGCACCUUGGGAGCUGGGCGGAGACGCUUAAAUCCCAAUGCUUCCAGGAAGAAGUUUGUGAAGAAAAGGUGAAAUGCGAGUUCCCAUAGACAGACUGGAUGGCUGUGGUGGCUGCUAAGGAGUUCCAUUGUCCCAUUUCCCCAGGCCGGUGUCACAGUGCAGCCUUGCCUGGCCAUGCUCUGCUGGGUCAGCAGGGAACUGGGCCGUCUGUAGCCUGUGAAAAUGCGGACCGCCUGGCCACCUGCCACAUGAAGGAGAAUUAGAUAAAAACAGAAAGACCACCACCCUGGAUCCAAUCUUCAAGAAAGGACUUUGCAAAGGAGAAUAUUUUUCUAAUAAAUGUGGCUGCAAGCUCCAGCGCAUUUUUAUUAAAUAGGCCAAAUUUCUGCUGCUUAGGUCAUGUCAAGGCCAACACUUGAGCUGCAUGCUCAGAGAUCAAGCAUUGAGAUUUAUCUUUCUGCCAGAAAAUACAAGGUUAUAAUAAAACUAAGGACUACCAUUUUCUUUUCCUUUUCACCUUUUUUUGAGACAAGUUUCCAUCAUUCUGGAAAGUGCAGUGUGGUGAGCUCCCAGACGGCCUUUCACCUGGAUUCUCCACGGUUCUGCCUCAUCUGCUUUUUCUGCACACACAGUCACAAAAUAUGAGUCUCCUAGGAAAAUGAUAUUCUUUUACAUAACCACAGUAGAGUCAGCAAAUUCAAGAAGUAUCACGUUGGUACGUUACUAUUACCUCGUAUAAUCAGCACUGGAAAUCACCCUGUAUCAGUUCAUAGAGAUCUUCAUUUUUCAGCUGCCUCGUAUUGUCAAGAGCUACCAAACAAACUCUCUGUUAAGUACUUACCCAACUUUAGCCUAUUUAAUCCAUAGAACGUUAAUAAAGGGUAUGGCUGCUGUUAUUUCAA